AUGUAUUUUGUGGCUGAUUGCUUAAGGAUGUCUUGUUUUCUUGCAACAAAAGCACUUAUGCAGUCCAUGUCAGCUGGGGUAAAGGCAAGGGUGUCCUUUCAGCAAGCAUACAGGACUAAGAAAGCUGAUGUGCAACAACUUGAAAAGUCCUUGAAAGAACAGUAUGCAAGGGUGCAAGAAUAUGCAAGUGAGCUGAGAAGGGUGGACUCGGACACAACUGUUGAAAUCAAAUGUGAUUUCAACAAUCUUGACAAGGCCCUUAUCUUUAAAAGAAUGUAUAUUUGCUUGAGUGCACUAAAGAUGGGGUUCAGGAGUGGUUGCAGACCCAUUUUAGGUGUAGAUGGCUGCCACUUAAAGAGUGCCUAUGGAGGUCAACUUCUUUCUGCAGUGGGGCUGGAUGCAAAUAACACCACCUAUGUGGUGGCUUAUGCAAUAGUGGAACAAGACAGCAAGGAUUCUUGGCUGUGGUUUCUGAGGCUUUUACAAAAUGAUCUAAAUAGCACUGGAGAAGGAAAUGGAUUUACAUUUAUUUCUAACAAGCAAAAGGGGUUGCUUCCUGCAUGUGAAGAGGUUCUCCCUCUUCUUGAUCAGGUUCUGUAUCUUGCACAACCUUUAAGGAACCCUAAGCACUGGAGUAGAGCACAUUUUAACACAUUCUUGAAAUGUGAUGUGUUUCUGAAAAAUCUUUGUGAAAGUUUCAAUGCUUUCAUAUUACCAGCAAGAUCCAAACCUGUGAUUUCUAGCUUUGAAGAAAUCACGGUGAAGUUGAUGAAGAGGAUUGCAUUAAGGAAAGAGAAGAUGAGAAAAGUUGUGGAUCCUAUUUGCCCCAAGCCUAGGGAGAUUUUAGAGAAGAAUAAGGUUAAGUCUACAACUGAUUGCAUCUCUAGUGGUAUUGGGAGCCCUAAAAUAGAGGCGGAGAGCAUUGGAGGAGACAGGUAUCUGGUUGAACUGCAAAGAAGGAGCUGUGCUUGCAGAAGAUGGGAUCUAACAGGUAUACCUUGCAAGCAUGCCUGCUCUGCUAUCAACUUCAUGAGAGAACAGCCUGAUGCAUAUGUGGAUGCCUGCUAUUUGACCAAGACCUACAUGGACAUUUACUCCCACACAGUGAAGCGUGUGAAUGGGAUGGACUUGUGGAUGCCUUCUAAAGAACCUGCCAUCCUCUCUCCUUAG